AAGAGCGCACACAUGCUCCAGGAUUGUUUAAAGCAGGAAUUCACUUUCGAAAUUCAUCUCUAUUCACCGCAAACACUAAGCGGUUAUACUGAUUUAUGUGAUAUAAAUUAAAUUAGCUCAGUCUUUCCUCUUCAGUCCGACCUUUCAGCUGAUGUUAGCUUAGCUGCGCUACUUUUCUUAAAUGGAGAUCGACAGUCUGGACUUUUUGAACAGUCCUCCUGUGAAGACGGUCAGGUUUGGAGGCAGUGUGGCGGACACGUUAAUGAAAUACAAACAGGGAGACUCAAGUGAUUAUGAGCUGCUGAGGCAUCAGCUGGCCGAUCCUGAGAUAAAGGAUGCUCAGAUCAUCAGCUGGCUGCAAGAAUUUCGGGGUUGUGUGACUCAGCUAACCAAGGACCAUGAACAGCUCAUCUAUACUAUCCUGAGGCUUCCAUGGGUGGGCCGGAGCCAUGCUGUGGUGGAGGAGUACAUGACCUUCCUCAGUAACCUGGUCUCAGCGCAGACUGUCUACCUGUGUUCCUGCCUCAAGAUGGUGGUCUCCCAUUUCACUCCCAAGCGAAUGACCAUCUGUGAAGGGGGAGUGGAUAUCUCUGAUUCAGAUGAUGAAGAUGAGAACCUCCCCAGAAACUUUGAUCGCUGUCACCAGGCAUUACAGCUCAUCGCCAAAUACGUACCAGCCACAAGUCGCUUUCUGAUGCCCAUUGUGCAAGAGAACUUCCCUUUCAUACAGAAAUCCUCCAGAACCCUGGAGUGUUAUGUCCACAACCUCCUGAGAGUGACAGUGUACAUACCGUCUAUUCGACGAGAUGUACUGGAGGUGAUCUUUGAAAAGAUGCUCAAACUGGAUGUGAGUGCAUCCCGCUCACACAUUGAGGAGGCAGAGGAGAAUGCAGUGCAGCGCCAGAGGGCAGAGGAGCCGUCUGAGGAGGGGCUCUUUAACAUGGAUGAGGACGUGGAAGCAGAUCAGCCCCCCGGCACUACUGCGAUGGCCCAUCCAGUGGCCGAGCGGCUUGACACUCUCAUGGCUGUGAUGAUGUCCUACAUCAGGGACGUCUGCCUUAUAAAUGGCUCUCUUCAUGUGGAGAGGACGAAGGAGCUGUACAAAGAUUUGUUGAGUGUGUUUGACAAACUUAUUCUGCCAACACACGCUUCCUGUCACGUCCAGUACACACUCUUUUACCUCUGCAGCUUCAGAUUGGCCCUGGCAGAGGCCUUCCUGGAUCACCUGUGGAAGAUCCUACAGAACCCCUCUCAACCCGCUGUCCUUCGCCAGGCUGCUGCUGGAUUCCUGGGAAGCUUCCUGGCCCGAGCCAAGUUCGUCCCUGUGCCCACUGUGCGGGCCUGUCUGGACCUGCUGCUCUCCUGGAUCCAUCGCUACAUCGACAGUCAGGACAACAGCGGGAGACAGGCCUGCUGUGACAUCAGCCUGCAUGGGCCCUUCUACUCAGCCUGCCAGGCUGUCUUCUACACACUCAUCUUCAGACACAGAGCAAUGCUGGAGGGCAACAUGAAGAAAGGUCUGGAGUACCUGCAGAGUUUGAACCUGGAGCGGGUGGUGAUGUGUCAACUGAACCCUCUAAAAGUCUGCCUUCCUUCAGUCAGCAACAUGUUUGCUGCUAUCACCAGGAAGUACCAAGUUGUGUUCUGCUACACCAUCAUAGAAAGGAACAACCGGCACAUGCUGCCGGUGGUCCGCAGCUCUGCAGGAGGAGACUGUGUGACCACCAACACCAACCCUCUGGACAGCUUCUUCCCCUUCGACCCUUACCUGCUCAAGAGGUCCAGUCAGCUGAUUGAGCCACUCUACCAGAUCUGGGAGGAACUGGCUGACAUGGAGCUGCCUCCUGGAAAAACGGCACGACAGGGCUCCGGGGAGGACGAGGAUGACUUCCUGUGCGGGGAGACACCGCAGGCGGAUGGCAUUGUGGGAAUGACUCCCAGCUCCUACGACUCAAACCUCCGCAGCCCGAGCAGCAUGGGCUCACCCCCCUUCUCCUUUCAGAAACCAUUCUAGGCCCUCAUCAUGGUCCACAACGUUCUAAUGGACCAAUACGGUUUUCUCUCUGCUCUGUGAAUCCAAAUUUUCGCUCAGAUCAUUUGGGGUCGGACGUUUUCUUGACUCCACAGACUGUACGUGAUGUUAUAUUCAAUUCAAAAAGAGUCAAACUCACAGUGAAGAACACAUGAGCCAGUCCCAGUUGAAGAGAUGUGGCUGAACUCUGUUUACACAAGAAUACUCCUAGUUAAAAGAGUCCCACUUUCAAGGAUUUAUGCAAUUGUGUGACCCAAACCUUCCUGACUUUUCUUCCACAUGAUGUAUAUAAGUAAAAAGCCAUGUUGGCACAUGCAUAACCACUGUGCUCGGAGAGUUCCUGAUAAUCAGAUUAUAUUUUUAUUAAUAUAUUUUUGAAGUUUUACUGUUGCCUGGUGCAGAAUACACAUUACUGUAAAAAGUUCUGCAAUGGAACACACCCUCGGCCCAUCACGUGAACACUUAUCAGUUCAGCCGACAGUAAGCUGCGCCAAUGCUGACACAUUGUUUUCACAGAAUGCUCCUGUGGCCUCAGCAUCUUGGAGAUGAAGAGAAAUAACCAAUGUGAGCGAGCAGGUGGAGCUGCUCGGCACCGACUGGAGGGGUGAGAUGGAGCUGAUGGUGAGGAUAUUGUCACAUUCUGGCCCUGGUGUUUGUACUGUGAGACACAUCAGACUGUCAGAGCUGUAAGAAACUGAAAGAAUCUUCUUCUGCUGAAGCUUUGGUUCAACCUCUCUCAUCAGUGGCAGCAGCGGUUUUAGUCUAAGAAGCAACAUCUCUCUGCUGUCAACUGUGUCCUCAGUGUACAUACAAGCAUGUAAAUAUUCUUUUAGGACCGUCUGGAAUAAAUAGGAUCAUGUUCUUUAAGGAAUUAGCAAUUUUUCUUUGAUUCUUUGCAAGAAUUGUUUUUUUUUUUAGUCUACUUGUAUUGUUUGUCUAUAAAAAAUUCACAACCUUCA